AUGAGUAAUGGUACUAUGAGGUCGAGAAAUGCUGUUCGACUCACCCGGGAUAGCCGGACUCCAGCGGCCUCAGGACAACAAGAACAUACAACGCCAGGCCAAAUUCGAUUCUUCCUUCCCGACCGUCAGUGCUUCAUGCUCCUGCAAUUGCCAGCAGAGCUUCUCCUACAGAUUUCGGCCCUGCUCAGCCAUGAUACUCAGAAGAAUCUUCGUCUCGUCUGCAAACCGCUUCAUGACGUCACUACCGAGUUUGUUUUUGCCACUUUUCGCAUAAAUUUCUCCAACGAUGCCAAGAUGUUGGAUUGGAAUAUGCUAAAUGAACUAGCAAUGCGGAGUACAGAUAUGUGGAGAUACGUCAAGGUGCUGCGCCUGACCCAUCCUUCGCCUCUAGUAUUUCCCUUCGCAGACCAUAAUGCGUGGCGGAAUUCGACGAAGGAUAUCAUAAGAGGAUUGUCCAAGGCGAUUGUGUCACUCGAAAACGUUACAACUGUCUAUUGGACCAGUGUGAAAGAUAUCGACAAUACCAUCGUUGAGGCUUUGAUAUUAAGCAUCUCUCGACUACCUUCUCUACAAAAGUUCACCAUAUACAUGACGAGCAGGAUGCUCACUCCUGUCCCUCGCUUUCAACUGAAGAAUCUCACCUUCAUGGAUAUUUCAUUAUGUCGACCGCCAUGGGAUGACUUCAUCCGAGAUAGCCUGCCCAGUAUCUUGGAGAAUAGCCCAAAUUUAUCUUUCCUUUCUCUGGCAGACGGAACGAAUGGUCCCAUGGGUUCUCUAGGCAGCUUAUUUCAAAACCUCCAUCGCCCGUUGAGAUUGGAAUCUCUGGUCAUCCACAAUUUAUCUGUCCCGCCGCUUAGCAUCCUCCAUCCUCAUUUCCAGUCGCUUACAUCCCUCGUUCUGUCAAGUACCGGAAACCUUCCCCCCGGAUUCUGGUUUGGCAUACAAGCAAACAACGUUCAUCUCCGUUCCCUCAAUAUCGACGAUGUUGAUGCGGCGCUUUUGGAUUAUCUGCUUUCCUACACCGACGUGGAAGCAAUCAGAUUGAAGGUGCCUGGAGACAAUGCAGUGUACGACGAGCUUGGAAUCAAGUUCUAUUCUCAAGUUCUACCUCAUCAUUCUGCGACUUUAGAUUCCCUCAGCAUUCUGCCAACCUUUGAAGGGACGUGGUCGCUUCAGGACUCAACCAUGUUACCCGUCUUGCAGUGUCGUCGUUUGGUCUCUCUCUCCAUGUCUGUGCGCCUCUCGGAUAUUAGCGAUCUCACUGAACCUAGCAUAGUGUCGGAUCUCUUACACUCCAUCAAAUCGUUACAUAAUCUCUCCUCUCUUUAUUUGGCUCCGUCUUUCUCCCUGCAUGCCCCACUGUCAUUUCCCGAGAAGCGCUGGAAAGCCAGUAUUAUGCUUGGGCAGGUGAUUGAGGCUGUCAACACUAUACCUAACCAGGAUCCUUAUCUCGCCCUUGAAAUAUUCGUUCAACCAUUCGGCGGCUCGUACAGAGCAUAUUGGGACACCGAGAGUGGCUUCUCGUCUUUUUUGUGCUCACACUCGUGCCCUCAGUAGCUCUUCAUCCUCAUACUUUAAAUUUAUCUUGUAAAUAAGGAGCGUGUAUGUAAAACGGAAAGAUAACAGUGUAAAU